AAGAAAAUAAGCCAUGGUAUUAACGGUACACCAAAUCUCGUGGUCUCACGCAUACAGUUUGAUCUAGCCGGAACCACUGUAUAUGCCGACUCAGUAGGGUCGGCUGGAGUCAUCUAUCUGAACAAUAAAUACAGAUCCAACGGUUACGUUGUGUUUGGGUACGAUUCCUCAAAUAUCCAGAUUUGGGCGCCGUCAGACAUCUAUGGACGCCUUGUUAGCAUGGGGGACGGCUACGGGAUUAGUGGUCAAGCAACAGUGGCUGACUUGCAGCUCUAUGCAUGGAGUAACCAGACUCUUCCCUACCACACUAGCGGUACUCUGAAACUAAGUUCAACCCAGAACGGAAGUGAAAAAAUACUCGACUAUAAUCCGGCCGGGAACGAAAACCAGGUCUUCACUCGCGCUUGGAUUCAAUCAUCGAUUAGCCCCAGCACCGGUUACAGGUUUCCCGGUACGGGGUCAUUGUCCUACGAGACUACUGCCUACGACAACCCGUGCACAUAUGGCGGUAUGGUGUACGCCUACACCACUCAGGCUGCUCGCUUCUGGCAGCCGGGCAACACUAAUGGCGCCAUGGUCUGCAUUGCCAGCUGUCUGGGAACUGCAAUCAACAAUCAGGCGUUAAACGACGGCACCGCAGUACUGCAUUCAUGGGAACUGGGUACGUUGGUGGCUCUUGGUUGA